AUGGUCUGUGCUGGUGGCCACUUCCUCCUAGACGUGGGGAAAGACUUAGACUUAGAGGCGAGUCCAGAUCCUUUGCAAUUAUCCUCGAGAGACAAGCUCACCAAAAUGGCCAUGUCUGAGGGAAAUUUUGAGUCGCUGGACCUUGCAGAAUUUGCUGAAAAGCAGCCAUGGUGGUGUAAGCUGUUUGGGCAGGAAUCCGGGCCUUCAGCUGAAAAGUAUAGUGUGGCAACCCAGCUGUUAAUUGGAGGUGUUACUGGAUGGUGUACAGAGUUCAUAUUCCAGAAGGUUGGAAAGUUGGCUGCAACAGCUGUGGGAGGUGGAUUUCUUCUUCUUCAGCUUGUAAACCAUACCGGGUGUAUCAAAGUUGACUGGCAGCGAGUAGAGAAGGACAUGAAGGAAGCCAAAGAACAGCUGAAGGUUCGUAAGAGCAACCAGAUACCUACCGAAGUCAAGAGCAAAACUGAGGAGGUGGUGUCAUUUGUGAAGAAGAAUGUUCUAGUGACUGGGGGAUUUUUUGGAGGCUUUCUGCUUGGCAUGGCAUCCUAAGAAGAAUGACUUUACUUCCACCGUUGCUGGUUUUUCCACCCAGCAGCCUCUACACUCCAUUGUAGGACAUCAAGUCUCUCUUCUUCCUCUUCUCCCGUGCCUUCUUCCCUGCCAUGGCAAUUCUGAAUGGCUUCUAUAGGCAUCUGUUGGUACAAGUUAAUACAGCCCUACCUUGAGCUUGGUGGUGGCAGAGAGACAAUAGAGACAUUAGCUCUCCUCCUAGUACACUCCCCCACUUCACACAUCUGUAGGUCAGCAAGAAUGUUCCUUGUCCUUCUACACAAGAUACUUACCAGAGGCUCGGCACCUGUGACUCAAGUGACUAAGGCACCAGCCACAUACACCUGGCGGGUUCGAAUCCAGCCUGAGCCCGCCAAAUAACAAUGACGGUUGCAACCAAAAAAUAGCUGGGUGUUGUGGCGGGCGCCUGUAGUCC